AUGAGUGGGUGCCGCGUCGGCGACGACGUCGAGCGGUGCCGGGGCGACCGCCCCGCGGCGGCGCCGCGCGCGCUCCCGGGCGACCUGCCGCGCGUCCUCGCGGGCAAGAAGUUCGUCUUCUUCACGGGCAAGGGCGGCCAGGGCAAGACGAGCGUGGCCUGCGCGACGGCCCUCGCCCUCGCCGACGGCGGCAAAAAAACGCUCCUCGUGUCGACGGAUCCCGCGAGCAACCUCGGGCAGGCGCUCGGGCUCGCGGACGGAGGCCUCGCGGGCGUCUCCGCGGCCGUCGGCGCGCCGUCGUCCGUCUGCGGCAACCUCUGGGCGGCGAACGCGGCCGCCGCGUACCGCAAGAAGGCGCUCCGCGCGCUCAUGGCCCGCGGCGCGGACGACGACGAGCUCGACCGGGCCGAGGAGGGCCUCGCGGGCCAGUGCACCGUCGAGAUCGCGGCCUUCGACGCCUUCGCGGGCGUGCUGGCGAGGCCCGACGCGGCCUACGACGUCGUCGUCUUCGACACGGCGCCCACGGGCCACACGCUGCGGCUCCUGGGCCUCGCGUGGGAGUGGACGGCCUUCUUCGGGAAAUCGCCGACGGGCGCGAGCUGCCUCGGCCCCGUCGAGGCGCUCGCGGCCCAGGCCGAGACCUUUGCGGCCGCGCGGGCCGCGCUCGCGGACGGCGCGCGGACCGCGCUGCUCCUCGUCGCGCGGCCCGAAAGCUCGGCGCUCGCCGAGGCCGCGCGCACCGCGGGCGAGCUCGCGGCGCUCGACGUCGCGCCCGCGGGGCUCGUGCUCAACGGCGUGUUGGAGACGCCGGGCGACGACGCCCCCGAAAAUCUACAAAUCGUCGCGUCCUUGGCGCUCGCGGCCUUCGACGUCGUCGGCCUCGGCGCGCUGCGCGCGCUCGUCGGCGGCCCGCCGCCGCCGGCCGCGGCGCCGAAACCCGUCGCGGCCGCGGCGACGCACUCGCUCGCGGCCGUCGUCGACGAGCUCGCGCGGGGCCCGCCGACGGUCGUCCUGCUCGUGGGCAAGGGCGGCGUCGGCAAGACGACGCUCGCGGCGGCCGUCGGCGUCGGCCUCGCGGCGCGCGGCCUGCGGACGCACGUCACCACGACGGACCCCGCGGCGCACGUCGGCGCGACGCUCGGCUCUUCCAUCCCGAACCUCACCGUCGACGCCGUCGACGCGGCGGCGGCGACGCGCGCCUACGUCGAGCGCGCCGUCGCGGCCAAGGGCCCGCUGAGCGCGCGCGACGAGGCGCUGCUCCGCGAGGAGCUCGACUCGCCGUGCACGGAGGAGCUCGCGGUCUUCGACGCCUUCGCGGAGAAGAUCGUCAUGGACGGCUUCGUCGUCGUCGACACGGCGCCGACGGGCCACACGCUCCUGCUCCUGGACCAGACGGGCGCCUACCAGCGCGACGUCGACAAGCACCGCGAAAGCGGCGGCGGCGGCGCGGCCGCGGCGACGCCCCUCGAGCUCCUCCGCGCGCGCGCGACGAUCCUCGUCGUCGCGCUGCCGGAGCCCACACCCGUCGCCGAGGCCCUCGCGCUCGAGGCGGACCUGCGCCGCGCGGGGCUGCCCGUCGCGGGCUUCGUCGUGAACCAGCUCGUGCCGGCGACGGACCACGCGGUCCUCGGCCGCCGCGCGGCGGCGCAGGCCGGUCGCGUCGCCGCCGUCGCGGCCGCGGCCGCGACCACGCGCCUCGGGGUCGUCGCCGUGCCCUGGCGGGGCGGCGACCUCGUCGGCGCGGACGCGCUCCGCGCGCUGUGCCCCGAGGGCGCGGCCCGCGCGACCUACGCGCGCGCGCCGCCGUCCAAGGCCCACGUCGAGGCGGCGCUCCCGUCCCAAGUCAUGCGCGACUCCGGCGCCGCGGGCUGCUGCGGCCCCGGCGGCGGCGGCUGA